AUGGGGACCACCACAGUAGACUGCCACUCCAGAUGCACAGCUCUCAAUGACUUGCCUUCUCCUUCAAAGUCACCUGAUGGCACCUAUGGCCUUCAGACUGCAGCUCUUUGCAGCUGCUUCCACAAUGGAGAGUUUAAACAAAGCACAUUUGGACUCUAUAACCCUAGCCUUCUCCAGGAUGCGCUAGAUAUCAAGGAGACAGUCAUCCCAUAUGCUCUUACAAACACAUAUGAUGUGGGCAUGUUUGGUAAUCCCUCCACAAUCUCCAGAAGCAUUCUGCACAUCUACCUCAAUGUGGCAGAUAACAAUAUGGUCAGCUACACCUUACCUUCCAAUAAACUCCUGGAGCAAGAAGAAUCAUCUUUUGGAGUUCUGGGUACAGAAUCAGUUCAGUUUGUUAGUUAUGUGAACCCUCAGGUACUGGAAGCUGUGCACCACUUUCACGCCCUUCCCUUGAUGCACCAUUCAGGGUCUCAAAGAUUCCUUGGCACACUGGAAGUCCACCACCACCUCUUUUGUCUUGCUGAUGUUGCAGACCAGCUUACCCAGCCUGGAUGUGGUCUGCCUGCUGCCCAGUCAUCCUUACCAGGAGGUGUCCUGCCUGUGGUCCAGUCACCUGCCUCACCAGGCCAAAGUCUUCUGGUAUUGUUUCCCAAGUCAAGCUCAAGUCGUCUCGUCUUCCCCAGUGGUCCAAAGUCUUCUAAUCUCAGGUGUACUCAGCAGGAUGAUGACGAUUCACAAGACAAGCGAGUCCCAGAGCCCCAAUUUUGCAGGCCAUGGCAGUGGAGCUACAGGCACUUCGAUCUCAGAUCCAAUAUUUGCUAGCCAGCAACUAAAAACAAUGCCAUUCCUCAAAUAAAGGUGUUAUCAAAGCAAAGGAGGUG